UAAUUAAGUUAAGCAUCACAAUGCGUCAAAAAGAUCUGCGCCCAGCACCUGCUCUUAUUGAGUAUAAGGGCAUGAAGUUCCUAAUCACCGAUCGACCAUCAGACAUAACAAUUAAUCAUUAUAUAAUGGAGCUUAAAAAGAACAAUGUUAACACUGUUGUGCGUGUGUGCGAGCCCAGCUACAAUACCGAUGAGCUGGAAGCCCAAGGCAUUACUGUCAAGGAUCUGGCCUUUGACGACGGCACCUUUCCGCCGCAGCAGGUCGUUGACGAAUGGUUUGAGGUUUUGAAGGACAAAUACCAGCAGAAUCCCGAGGCUUGCGUUGCCGUGCACUGUGUGGCUGGUCUGGGACGUGCCCCCGUUUUGGUAGCACUUGCACUCAUCGAAUUGGGCUUGAAAUAUGAAGCGGCUGUUGAAAUGAUUAGAGAUAAGCGACGCGGCGCCAUCAAUGCCAAGCAACUGUCAUUUUUGGAAAGAUACAAGCCGAAGGCGCGGCUAAAGCACAAAAAUGGCCACAAAAAUUCAUGUUCUGUGCAAUAGAUUUCCAAAACCAUAUGUAUAUUCCCACCAGAUAAAAAGUGUUCAUUUUUUCAACAAAAAAAAAAAAAAAAGUAAUAAUAAUAA